AUGUCCACUGAUCUGAACAUGCCUACUCGCCCGGCACCACACCCUCCUUUGGCAACAACCAACAAGCCUCAUCGCAACAGGAAGCCACCAGCACGGCCUCUUCGAUGGCUCAACACUACGACCAUCCAACUCGAAGAUGCCCGAGCAAAGUCUGUUCCAAACGAGCAGACGUAUGCCAUUCUCAGCCAUACUUGGGAAGAUAAUGAGAUCGACUAUCAAGCCUUCCACGAAGGCAGAUUCUCCUCAGAAUCUGAUAGCUACCGGAAGAUUCGUGGCACUUGCGACCAAGCACGGAACGACGCCAUCGACUACGUCUGGGCCGACACGUGCUGUAUUAAUAAGGACAGCAGUGCUGAGCUCUCGGAGUCCAUCAACUCGAUGUAUGCAUGGUAUACCCAUGCUGCCGUGUGUUAUGUUUAUCUCUCCGAUGUGCCCAGCCAGGCAUCGUUCUCUGGAAGUAAAUGGUUUACGUUGUCAAAGCGUGGCUGGACGCUUCAAGAACUCCUCGCUCCAAGCAAUGUCGUUUUCUAUGAUCAGCAUUGGGGCUUUCUAGGUACUAAAGAAACUCUCUGCAAUGAUCUUGGAGCAGUGACUCGCAUUGACAGACAUAUGCUGCUCGGCGAGAGAACAUUUGAAACAUAUUCGAUAGCACAAAGGAUGUCAUGGGCUGCAGAUCGGGAGACCACGAGACUUGAAGACAGAGCUUACUCGUUACUUGGACUGUUCGACAUAAACAUGGCUAUGCUGUACGGCGAAGGCGAGAAGGCAUUUCUACGUCUCCAGGAGGAGAUCAUCAAGCAUUCAGAUGACCACACAAUCUUCGCGUGGCCAAUGCAGGACGAUGACGAGCCCGGCUUGCUUGCAAUGGAUCCUGAUGCUUUCAAGACAUGCUCCGAAAUCGUAAUGACAAGCAGUCGUCGAAGAGGCUCAUCUUACACCAUCACGAAUCGUGGCUUGUCAAUAGAGCUGGCCGCGACACCAUACGAGACUGACACAUAUCUUGUGCGACUUGAAUGCAUCGACCAUCAGCGAAAUGUGGAUCAAGCCGUACACUUUGCCUUUCUUCUCCGCAGACUGCAGGAGGACGAUCAGUAUGCCCGAGUCCGUUGUGGCGUCAACACAUUUCUUCAGCGUGACGCCUCACUAUGGAGUAACGAGCAGUGGAGCACAACCCGCCAAGGACGACCGAUGCAAUACCUUCGGAUCAAUGUCCGUCAAAGCUUCCGGCCAGACAGACCACUAGACCGCAUGAGCCGCGUCCAUGGCUUUCGCAUCGCCACCGAAGACCUCAUUCCCGAAGACCACCUGGAGCAGAAAGCCACCAUAUCACCCAUCAAGAGCUGGGACAACGCGAAUCGCAUACUGAGAAUGAACCCCGGCGACUUCGGCUUCGCCGGAACCCUCGACAUCCACAUCCAAGGCAAAAAGAUCCGCCUCAUAAAACUGGGCUUCGACUUCGAUUACAACCCCGUCGUCUUCCUUGCCGCUUCCAACGGUACCUCAGAUGCCACAGCCGAUCCCGUGGUUGAUUCCACUAGUGAGAAGCAGGCGCAGCUGCGUAGUAUACACUCGCGAACGCCAUUCGAUGCCUGGGCAUGGACCCCAGUUGUGUCGCGCAGGGUGUGGCAAUUUGAGCGGCAUUCGGGACUGUGGGCGCUCAAGGGAGAUAGAUUGAGUGGGUUGGAUGUUGAGCUGCCUGAGUAUGCUCGGGUGAAGAUCGAGAGAGUGGUUCUGGAUGGGAUGCUCGUGUGGGACGUUCAUGUUGAGGAUUUGAAGAGCGCGUUUGGUGGAAAACUGUUGAGACGUGUGUUGGUCAACUAG